AUGGCGUCGAUGCGCGGUGGCAAGGCGUUCAAUGCGCGCACGCGCGCAAGCAGGAGCAUCAAGCGCGCUGCAGACCAGCGUGAGAUGGCGGAGCUCGAGGCGAAGUGUGCGACACUUGACAGCUUGGGCGCGGCCACGUUUGAGGCGCUGCCGCUUUCGCGCCCAACGCGGCGCGGCCUGCAGCGCGCUGGUUUUGUAGACAUGACGCCGAUCCAGGCACAGUCCUUACCACAUUCUCUGCAGCGGCGGGAUGUGCUUGGUGCCGCACGUACGGGGUCGGGCAAGACCAUUGCGUUUCUCAUUCCCGUGCUGGAAGUGCUCUACCGCCAGAAUUGGUCCAACAUCGACGGGCUCGGCGCGUUGAUCAUCUCGCCCACGCGCGAGCUUGCGAUGCAGAUCUUUGAUGUGCUGCGUCAGAUUGGCGCACUGCAUACCUUUUCUGCCGGCCUUGUUAUCGGAGGCAAGGAUCUCAAGCACGAGCAAGGCCGGGUGCGCAAGAUGAAUAUCCUCGUCGCGACGCCAGGGCGUCUCUUGCAGCACCUCGACCAGACAGCUGGUUUUGACUGCGCCAAUUUGCAGGUUCUUGUACUGGACGAGGCCGACCGAAUCCUUGAUAUGGGAUUCGCGAAUACCCUAAACGCGAUUUUGGAGCAUCUCCCGUCGGAGCGCCAAGCGAUGCUAUUUUCUGCGACACAGACCAAGCGGGUCAAGGACCUUGCACGCCUGAGUCUGCGCGAGCCGCAGACCGUGUCUGUGCGCGAGGCCGACGCAUGUACGCCCGAGCAUCUCGAGCAGUACUACAUGGUCGUGCCGCUUCCGCAGAAGUUCGAUAUGCUGUUUUCCUUCUUGCGCACACAUACCCAGCAAAAGGUGCUUGUGUUUAUGAGCUCCUGCCGUCAGGUCCAAUUCGCAUUCGAGGUGUUUUGCAAGCUCCGCCCAGGACUGCCGCUCCUCGCACUGCAUGGGAAACAGAAGCAGCCCAGGCGCCUGAAAAUCUUUCACGAGUUUACGCGCAUGAAACAUGCGGCACUGUUUGCCACGGAUGUUGCCGCGCGUGGCCUUGACUUUCCAGCAGUCGACUGGGUCGUGCAGAUGGAUGCACCGGAUAGUGCCGAUACCUAUAUCCACCGCGUCGGUCGGACCGCGCGGUACAAUGCACACGGCAAGAGUCUCUUGUUUACAGCACCCAGCGAGGAGCAGGGUUUGCUGCGCUUGCUGAAAGCAGUCGACGUGCCGAUCAGCGUGAUCAAGCCCAAAGAUACCAAGCUGCAGAGCGUCAAGGACCAGCUGCAGUCGUUUGCGUUCCAGGAUCCAGAGCUUAAGCAUUUGGCACAAAAGGCGUUUGUGUCCCAUGUCCGGUCGGUGUACCUGCACAAGGACAAGGACACGUUUGACGUGACAAAGCUUCCGCUGAACGAGUACGCUGCAUCCUUGGGCCUUGCGAGUGCUCCAAAGAUUAAGGUAGUAAAGGAGGCUCAAAAGCACGCACAGGCGGAGCGUGCGGCGUCUCGAGGGGAGCAAGAGGAGGAAGAGGAGGAGGAAGAGGAGGAGGAAGAGGAGCAUGUGCAAGAGCGCCCUUCUACUGUCGCCAAAGUGCGCACCAAGCACGAUCGCAUGUUUGGCCGUACCAACAACACUGUGCUUAGCCAACACUAUGCGAACAUGCGCGACUCCAGCGACUCCAGCGACUUUGGGGUCGACGACGACGACGACGACUUGCUUACGCUCUCGCGUGCGGACCACGACUUGGGCGACGAGACCCUGGACAAUCACGUAGCUCCAUCCAAGCGCCAGCUCCGCCAGGGCGCGAGCAAAAAGGCCAUGGCCCUAGCAGGGAAGCGCGGGCUCAGCAAACGCACCGUGUACGACGAAGACGGCAACGCACGCGAACUGUACGAGCUGCAGAACGAGGAUGCAUUCCGCGCCCUCGGCAAUGUCCACGAUCAAAUCCGCCAGCACGAGCAGGAAGAAAGCGCACGCAUGGCAGAUGCAGACAUUGCAGACAAGGAGCGUGCGCGCGAGAUACGGCGCGAAAAGAAGCGCAAGGCAAAAGAACAAGAGCGCAUAAUGAUGGAGUCGCACGGCGGUGCGCCGUCUGCAAGCGCCGAGUACGACGACUGGGAUGGGCCGCGUCUCGAAGAUUUAUUCCCUCCUGGCGACGACGCGCCGGCGCCGGCCCCAGAGCGGAAGCGUGCAAAGACGCAAGCGGCCGAUCUGGCGUCGCAAGAGGAGCUUGCGCUGCGCCUGCUUGGCGCGUAA